AUCCUCCAUUUUCCCUUCACAGCCCAAAAAUUGUUCAUGAAAACUUGAGUUCCGAUUGAGAAAUUUUGAUAAAUAGAGACUUUCUGAGUUUUUAACCUUUUCAAGGCUUCCCAAACUAGAGGCUGCUACUUGUUCAAGAAGAGACUGUGCUCUUUUACAUAGAAAGGGUUUUGCUGCAAGAACUUGACACGAUUGUGUAAAUGUCUGUGGCUUUUACCAAUCUCUCAUGGUGGUUAUGGAGUGGAAAACAUCAAGAGCCAAGAAUCCCAAAUGGGUCUUCUAUGAAUUCUUCAGCUGAUUCAAAUUUGUGGGAAUCAGAUGUAUUGAGGUUUCCUUUGGUUCAGGCAAAUGUGGGGUCCUCAUCGAGAAGGGUGAAGCGCAAAAGGCAUAGUAGGGAAGAGAGGAAGAUAGAUAGGGAAUAUGAUGUUGUUCUGGUUCCAUCUGAUGGUGGAUGUGUUUCUGGUUCUGAAUCUGAUGAUUCUGACUGGUCAAUUGGUUGGUUGGAGCCUCAAGGACCUGGUUUCCCAAGUGAUGAUGAAACAGAUAACAGUUUUGCCGUGCUGGUUCCGUGCUAUGGACGAGAUUAUGGUAGAAUAGUGGAGGAUCCAAAAAGCAAUUUACUCAGUGCUGUUGGGAACUUUCCAGAUAGUUAUUCAGAUGAGAGCAAGAAAUAUGUGGAGAACUGGCUGUCUUCUCUUCGAAAUACCUGAUGCACAGCACACACAGUCAUCAUUGUGAUCCUGCAUUUUCCUGAGAAAAAUCCUUUUUUGUGGUCUUGAGACAAUAAACAAUUGUAUAAUGUAAAUAUUGUAAAAAGGAAAAUAGGCACUGUGAUGUGAUGUGAGAAUAUGAUUGGUUAACAUUGAGUCUUGGUUAAUUCAAAUCUAUGAGGAGCAGAUAUGGUGAAGAAUAAAGCAGUUUUGAAGAUUUGUCACUAUCUCAGAAUGAUGUACAAAUGCUGUUCUGCUUUCUUCCUUGGAGAAUCGAAAAACAUUGUGGCGGAAUUGAGAGCAGGACAAAGAUGUGGAUGAAUGAAUGCAUGUUGAAGUGUGACUUUGGAACUUGCAAUUCGUUGAUGUAAAUAUUUAUAUGGAUAUGGGAAUUGGUUCAAUGUUCGAUUAUGUACUCAAAUUUGUACAUAACUGUAUAUAAAUUUUGUAUAACAUGGGUGUACUCUGUAUAUAUUUAUCUGUUUUUGGUUCAUGGAGG